UGUAAGAAAACUUUCUCAUUCACAGAUCUCUCUAAAACCCUAGUAAAACCCCCACUCAGCUGUUUUCUCGAAACCAAUCAGAAAUGGCGUUCAAUUCAAUUCUUCGCAACAAGUCGAGUACUUUCGUUAGGGCUUUUGCUUCUGCCGGUCAAUUGAUCAGAAAAACCCAACUGGGUCAUCGCGCCGCUCUCUCCGCCGCCGUCAACAGGUUCGACGAUUCCUUUGUUCCUAGGUCCAACUUUUCUUCUGUAGCUGUCAAGAGCAAAAGCAAGCCUUCCUCCGAUGAGAAUCUCCUCCGUGUCAUCGAAUCGGAAAUCACAUGUGCUCAGGAAACUGAUGAAUCCGGCAAUGCUGAGGAGGUUCCGAGUAAUUUUCCGUUUAAGAUUAUUGAUAGUCCCGGCCAACAGACAAUAACACUUGAAAGGAGUUAUCAAGGUGAGGAAAUUAAGGUUGAGGUUCAUAUGCCUGAUUUGGUUACUGGUGAUGAACAUGGGAACGAGGAUGAUGACAAGGAUGAUGAGAGUGAGAGAGCAACUCAAUCUAGCAUUCCACUUUCUGUGAGUGUUUCUAAGAAGGGUGGACCGUCGUUGGAGUUCAGUUGCAUUGCGUAUCCGGAUGAGAUUGUUAUCGAUAGCUUGUCUGUUAAGAAUCCGGAUGUUUCUGAUGAUCAGAUUCCGUAUGAAGGACCGGAUUUUCAGGAUUUGGAUGAGAGUCUGCAAAAGACAUUCCACAAGUACUUAGAAAUAAGGGGAAUCAAACCAAGCACAACAAACUUCUUGCAUGAGUACAUGAUCAACAAGGAUAGCAGAGAAUACUUGGUGUGGUUGAAUAAGCUCAAGAGUUUCAUUCAAGCAUGAGAAUUGAUAUGGUUUGAAGAAAUCAUUGAGCGUACUCAAUUUCUGUCCGAUCAUUUGCGUCCACAUUUGAAUGGAAAGAUUAAUAGUAUAUGGUAUCGUUGUGGUUUCAUUUGAAGGAGGAAAAUAAUAGAUAUAAGAUAUUGUGUUAGUGUGGUUUAGUGGUACUUCCUAGUUCCUAUUUUAAAGGUGCAUUGUGACUGCAUUUUAUUGAAAAUGUUUGCAGUUAAAUACUUAAGCUGAUUCUCAGGCUUUAUCACAGCAUCUUUGUAUUAAGUCAUUUUGGAAUUAAUUUUUGCA